AUGGGGUUUGACAGUUUGCGAACGAAAGAAAAACCGCGAAAGGAACUACUGCAUCCGCCCGUUCGUAAUUAUUUGGCUCGGCAUAAACGAUAGUUUGUGAAUUUCCCUGCUUCUACUCACCAGUUUCGGGUGGGGGAAAAAUUACACCAAGUGUUUACUGUUUACUUCGCACUGUCUGCAAACCAUAACAGACGGGUCGGAAGGCAAUUUUCCGACCAGCAGCAGCAGCAGCAGCCACAACCGCACAGACAGGGAAGACCCACAGGAAUAAUUUUGCUCCGUAAUCAUGCAGAAACAAUGGGAACUGAUCAAAGAAUUUUCACUGCCGGCGGAACUCUCGCUAAGCAUCACCUAUCUGCAGCGAGCUUUACGGGACUGCGUUUUCCAGCAUCAGGUUUUGGCUUCGAAAAUCAAUAAUUUACCAAUGCACCAGCGCCCGAAAGUCAAACAGUACAUGUUGGAGCUGGAACGGGAAAUGCUAUCGAUCGGAAAGGAACAGGAAGGACUGGUGCGGCAGUUAUCCGAGCGGGUUAAGCGGUUCCAGAUGACCGUCCAAUCGCAACAUCUCGUUACGCUGAGCGACGAUCUGCUGUACGGGUUUGUGACACGCCAGCUGGCAACCCAGCACGAAACGGCCGUUAUUUCGGGCGCACCGAAACACAUUUCCCAGCGCUGGAGCGCAACCGAACUGGCCCAAAAGUACAGUCUGGAAACAAUUCUCGGUACGGUUGCUGUGAUGCAGGAGGAAUUUAAAUCGGAACCGCUUGAACAGCAAACCGAUGACAACGACGACGUGGAUGAUGACGAUGAGGACGAAGAAAGCAGCAGCUGGAACCCGGUAAUGCCCCUCUCGGACGCCAAAAGGUACAAAAAGCAGGGGAAAUCGGCUCCGAAAACGUAUACGCAGCACACCAGCACGAGCCAUCAGUCGCUUCUGAAGCGGAAACCAUCCGUGGCAGCACCCACCACGGACAAGCGCCAUUUUGCUGGGAUUGCCGUCCAAAGCAAGCAAACGUCUGCCGCGAACGGUGCCGCCAAGCUAAAGAGCGAGAAGGAGCAGAAGAUACUGACCGAACCGCCGGCGGCCGAAGAAGUGUCCGAAGACGAAGAUCCGGCAGAGAGUGUGCUGCGCGGUACGUGGGUCCCCGGCUGUCCGGGACGACCGCCCAAAGCGGCCAAGUACCUGUCCGCGGCCAAGUUGGCACAAAUCCGGGCACGGCGUGCAUCGGUCCCGGUUGGCCCAAAGCCGGUCGAUGCUGGGACCGCGCUCGCUGCCCAGCAGAAGCGAGCCUCCAAACGGAUAGAGGUGUUGACGGAAAAGAUUAAACCGAUCGAGUCGGGUGAGGAUGAGGAGCAGCAGCAGCAGCAGCUGGAGGUGAUGACCACGUCGGCUGCAGUACGUCGCGGCCGUAGCAAUCUUCUGCAGGCACUUAAAAAACAGAAGCGCGGUCCAGGACGGCCGAGCUUGACCAGCUUAGCGCAACGAGGCGCAAAGCAGGGUCCCGUGCCCAGCGUUAGCAGUAAGCUUGUGAAGCACUCGUCGUUCUCGGCUUCCUCCGGAUCGUCACCGAAUUCCCGUUCGUCCACACCGACCUGGGGCAACGCGGCACGUCAGCAUUCGGAAGACUCGUGCGACCGUCGUUCGUCCUCGACCGAGUAUCCGCCGCUGUUGCUGAACGAUCCGGGCGAACCAGCCACGCCGACCCUCACCAGCAUCUACGAGCUGGAGCAGGACGCGUUUUUGCGCUACUUCGGGCUUCACACGCCGGAGGAAGCAAAAGCCCUCAAAGAACGCAAGCGCGAACGAAAGCGCCGCAGCUGUUACAGCACGGAGCGGAAAGACUUUCACUACGGCAAGCUGGAUUACUACGAGCAGCAGCAGCAGUAUCAGGCGGUACGUGCCUCGAGACGGACCCAUCAACGGCCGAUCCUUUACUCACCUCCGGUGGCCGUGGCGAAGAGGCGGAAGCAAUCAACACUGCCGACCGCUGGGAACAGCAUCAGCAGCAGCAGCAGCGGUAGUUCAAUCGCACGCCAAUACAACAACCACCACCAUCAACGGCCACAACCUGCCAACAUUUUCGCCGCGAUGGAUAAAAGGACGUGCUUUGUGUGUUUCAAAAGUGGAACAACGGAUGAGCUGGGCGCCUGCAUGAACUGUUGCAACAUUUAUCAUCUCAACUGCCACACGAUUGACGAACGGUCCGAUGCGUACCGCCAGCGGGAUGAUCUCUGCCCCGUUUGUCUUGUCUCGGACGAUAAGUAAGCGGGCUCGGGUUGGGGACUGUAAUCGUCCGUUACUCUAUGAUCUUUAGCCAAUAAUCUAAUGUCGUCUAAUGUCGAUUUUAAAUAUGAUUUGUUAUUAUUAGGACGCUUCCCGUAGCGAGCGGCAUGUACAUAAGUAUAGGUUACUAUGAUCGUCUACGCAUCGUAAGACACCACUACUAAUCAACACUUGUAACUCAGGUGUAAUAAAACUAUGAACGAUUUUUGUUUUUAAACUCAA